AGAUCUCUAUAUUUGUGGAGAUUCCUAACAUCGAGGUUCUCACACUGAGUGCUAAUCAGAUCUCGUCUCUGGAGCACAUCUCGUCGUGUCAGCACCUCAGCGAGCUCUAUCUGAGACGCAACAGCAUCCCGAGUCUGUCGGAGCUGAAGCAUCUGCAGCAGCUGAGCCGUCUGAAGGUGCUGUGGCUCGCCGAGAACCCCUGCUGUGAUGCUGAGCCGCACAGAUACCGCAUGACCGUCAUCAGAAACCUGCCCGGCCUGCACAAACUCGACAACCAGGUGGUUACAGAGGAGGAGCUCACACAAGCAUUGAAAGAAGGGGAGGAGCUUGUUUCCCCUCCAGGGCCCGCCCCCACCAGCUCAACCAAUGGCCUCACAGAAGCCGACUCGGAGGCGGAUCCUCUGAACUACAGCAUGGAGGAAACCAAUAAGAUUCGAGCUCAGCUGGGAAUGAAGCUGCUGCCCAGAGACAAGUUCCCAUCGCUGUCGUCCCCGCGAGAGACCGGAGACGCGCCGAAGAGGAAGACUCACGCGCUGGAGGCCGUUCUCCUCCUGAUGAAGGAUCUGGACGUCGAGGAGCUAAAAAUCGUUCAGUCGGUCACCGAGAGCAAACUCAGAUCAUGCAGUCGACGGAGAGAGCGAGAGAAAUCUCCCAUCUGCUCAUAAACACCAGCGGAAAACACUGACGACACGCUUAAACCAGCAGCCAGAGCUCCGUCUCACAUAUUAACACUAAAACAUUGAAUCUGAAUCUGUUAUGCUCACGUCUAAACGCCUCGCUCGUGAUUGUUACCAAGUUGCCUUUUCCUGUUCAAAUUAAGACGUUUUCUUAAUGUUUUGCUUUGUAAUGAUCUAAAUGAAGUGUAGCAAUGUUUUGUUGUGUUGAGAUAAUAUAUGAGAAUGUAUUUUUCUAUGUAAAUAAACUCGGAUGCAUAAGAAUAUUUAUUGUUCACAUCGUGAUCCUACAAAACUUUACAGAAUACUGUACACGAGUGAGCUGCAGAAACAGGAUUUAAAGGAACAGUUCACC